AAAAAGCUUCCUCUCAACAAGACUUCAAGAAGAUCUUCUGAACACUUCUUGUCUUUAACAACGAGAUCGGGAGAUGGAGGCUGCCGUUCUUUCAAAGCCGCAUAGGCUCAAGUAUGACUUCUUCCUCAGUUUCCGAGGCGAAGACACACGCGAUGGCUUCGCAGAGCGUCUCUACGACUCUCUCCACAGGAAGGAGAAAGUUCUUGUCUUCCGCGACAACGAAGGUAUGAAACGAGGGGAAGAGAUCAAUCCAAGCCUCAUCGCAGGCAUGGAGGACUCUGCGGCCUCCCUCGUCCUCUUCUCCCCUCGCUACUCUGACUCUCACUGGUGCCUUGAUGAGUUAGCUAAACUCUGCGAUCUGAGUUCAUCACUUGAUCGUCCCAUGAUACCAAUCUUUUACAUGGUCGACCCCUCCCAUGUACGCAAACAGAGCAGCAAAGAUUUCGUGAACCAUUUUGAAGUACACGACAAAAGAUUUAGCAAGGAAGAGAUACAGCCAUGGAGAGAAGCUAUGAAGAGAGUUGGAAACCUCCCUGGAUAUAUCUACAGAAAAGAAUGGAAUAAGGAUGAGAUGAUAGGGUCUCAAUCAAAAAAAAAAGAAGAAGAGGAUGAGAUGAUAGGGUUUCGAUCAAAAAAUAAAGAAAAAGAGGAUGAGAUGAUAGGGCUUGUGGUGAAAAGGGUUUUAGCUGGAAAGAACAAUACACCAGAGAAAGUUGGAGAAUACACCGUUGGUUUGGAGUCACGUGUUGAUGAUUUGAUGAAUCUGGUCAACGUUAAAUCCAGUUCUCAUGUUCAAAUCCUGGGGCUUUACGGCAUUGGUGGUAUUGGGAAGACUACGCUUGCAAAACGCUUCUACAAAAAGAUGGUCGAAUACUUCAAGGAGAAACGAGUUUUUAUUUCAAAUGUUAGAAGAAAAUCAUCAGGACAAGAUGGCUUAGUCAAUCUACAAAAGACUUUCAUUAAGCUGCUCCGUUCGCCACCUGAAAUAGAUGAUGUUAACCAAGGUCGAGAUAAGAUAAGAGAAAGUGUUCAUGAGAAGAAGAUUCUCGUGGUUUUAGAUGAUGUUGAUAACGUAGACCAGGUUGAUGCCUUAAUUGGUGAAAGGAGUUGGUAUGGUGAAGGAAGUCUUAUAGUCAUCACUACCAGAGAUGAAGAGAUUCUUAAUAGACUCUCCGUGAGCCAAAAGUAUGAGGUCAAAUGCUUGAAUAAGGAGCAGGCACUGAAGCUGUUUAGUUAUCAUUCACUACGGAAAGAAAAACCAACAGGGAGUCUAUUGAAGCUGUCUGACAAGAUCGUUGAGAUAACAGGAUUGUUGCCACUAGCUGUUGAAGUGUCUGGCUCUCUUUUUUAUGACAAGAAGGAGGAAAAAGAAUGGCUAGUUCAGCUAAAGAAGCUGGAAAAUAGUAAACCAAACGGUCUUCAGGAUGUUCUGAAGAUAAGUUUUGAGUCUUUAGACGAUGAAGAGAAGAAAGUCUUCCUAGACAUUGCGUGUCUCUUUCUUAAAAUGGAGAUGACCAGAGAGGAAAUUGUUGAUGUAUUGAAUGGUUGUGGGUUUAACGCUGAGGCUGCUCUCAGUGUUCUCAGACAAAAGUCUCUUGUUAAGUUCUUGGCAGACAAUACUCUUUGGAUGCAUGAUCAGAUUCAAGACAUGGGAAUGCAGAUUGUCCUUCAAGAAAGCCUUGAAGAUCCUGGAAAGCGAAGUAGACUCUCUGAUCGUGGUGAAGUCAUGAAUGUAUUGAACACUAUGAAGGGAACAACAUCCAUCAGAGGAAUCGUAUUAGACUUCAAGAAGAAUUUUGUGAGGCAGAGCAAUCUAUAUGACAAUCCAGGCAUCAGAUCUGUGGUUAGUUACGCGAAGAAUAUAUUUCUGAAGCCUACAAGUACUGAGAGCACCAUUCCCGUAAGGCAUUUUGUACCAAUGAAGAAGUUGAGACUUCUUCAGAUUAAUCAUGUGGAGCUGCAAGGAAAUCUUGAUCUUCUUCCAUCUGACCUCAAGUGGAUACAGUGGAGAGGCUGUCCAUUAAAAGAUGUUCCACCGAGUUUUCUUGCUAGGCAACUUGCUGUUCUUGAUCUUUCAGAGAGUGGUAUAAGACGCAUCCAGAGUUUUGACAGCAAAGGGGUGGAUGGGAACUUGAAGGUUGUAAACUUGCGUGGUUGCCACAGCUUAGAAGCCAUUCCUGAUUUAUCAAACCAUAAGUCCCUACAGAAGCUUGUCUUUGAACGGUGCAUGCGUCUGGUGGAAGUUCCUAGAUCAGUUGGUACCUUGAGAGCAUUACUUCACCUGGAUUUCAGAAAGUGUCCAAAACUCACUGAGUUUCUUGAGGAUGUAUCUGGACUGAAGAGUCUUGAAAAGCUCUACCUCUCUGGCUGUUCAAAUCUGAGUGUGUUACCAGAAAACAUUGGUGCCAUGCCAUGUUUGAAAGAGCUUCUUCUUGAUGAAACUGGGAUAAACGAGUUACCAGAAUCGAUUUUCCGCCUUGAAAAUCUUCAAAAGCUUAGUCUAAAGAGUUGCAAAUUUAUUCAAGAGCUACCUAAGUGCAUAGGAACACUGACAUCACUGGAGGAGCUAGAUCUUAGUGAGACUGCACUGAAAAGUCUUCCGGAGUCUAUUGGAAGUCUAAUAAGUCUCCAGAAGCUGCAUGUGAUGGACUGCAAAUCCCUUACUCAGAUUCCUGACACUAUCAAUAAACUCACAUCAUUACAAGAGCUGAUCAUCGAUAAAAGUGCGGUGGAGGAGCUACCUCUAAGCCCUGACUCACUGCCAUGCUUGACUAAAUUUUCAGCAGGAGGAUGCAAAUCGCUGAAACAGGUUCCUAGUUCAAUAGGGAGGUUAAGCUCUCUUCUCCAACUUAAGUUGGAUAGUACACCAAUUGAAACUCUACCAGAAGAGAUAACUCACUUGCACUUUAUUCAGAAACUUGAGUUGAGGAACUGCUUAUCAUUGAAAUCUCUGCCUGAUAAAAUUGAAGAUAUGGACACACUCCAUAGCUUAUACCUUGGGAAUAAUAAGUUUCACAGUCUUCCAUCUAGCCUCAAGGGGUUAUCAAAUCUCAAAGAACUUUUGUUGCAUGACUGUCAAGAGCUCAAGUGUGUUCCUCCUCUUCCAUUUAACUUGGAGAAGCUAAACCUGGCAAACUGUUUUUCAUUGGAGAGUAUAUCCGACCUUUCAGAGCUGACGAUGUUGAAGGAGCUCAAUCUCAGGAACUGUAAGAAUGUGGAUGAUGUUCCAGGCCUAGAGCACUUGACGGCUCUGAAAUGGUUAGACAUGAGCGGAUGUAACUCUAGGUUCUUUAUUGCAGUGAAGAAAAGACUUCCCAAGGUUUCUUUGAAAAUGCUGCAGAUUUUUGAAGAAGGUGAAGCCAGUUCAGAAGGUGACUCCACUGUUACAUGAUCUGAUACCAGAGAAGUUAAGAAACUGCAGACAAACUGUUGCUGAUAAACAAAAGACAAAAAAAAAGUGUUUUGUUCAGAGUUCGAGACUUGGUGUUUUGUCUAUAUAUUCCUUCUCUCUUUAGUAUCCUGUUUUCGAGAGCUUAUUUACUUCUUUAAGUUCACUCACUGUAAGAUGUUUAUCUGUUUCUUUACCUCUGCUUUUAUAAUCAAGAAGUUUUGUGACAAAAACUUAAAAUCC